AGCAGCAACAGGCGCCGCUCCGAUUGCAGCACCCCAGCACCAUGUGCCGUCUGUCCCCGUGCCGGGUGGCUUUGCCGCGGGCCAAGCCUCAUCUGCGGCAAGCGUGGCCGCUCUGCAGGCCAAGGUGAAGGCACAGCUUGCCGCUCUCCGCCAGUCAAGUGGGGUCGGCAAUCUGCCCAAGGGUCCGGCCACGGGCCUCGGCUUGCCCACAUCUUCGGGGGCGCCGGCUCCCAAGCGUCGUGCAUUUAUGAAGCUUGAUGCCAGUGGCCGGGUCAUUGACGAAUCCGGUAAAGUUGUGCAGCUCGAGCAGCGCCAAUCAGACUUUGCCGGCAAUGCUCGGGCGAAGCGCCAAGAAAAGCUAUCUCAAGUUACGAAGGAGGUUCAGGAUGAAGAGGCUGAUCGCACCAACAGCGAGUUUUACGAUGCCCGCCUGGUCGAAGCAGCCAAAGAAGACCGCGGGCAACGCAAACGUCGGGCUCUACGCUUUCAUGAACCCGGCAAGUUUCAAGAGUAUGCCGAUCGCUUGCGUGCCAAAGCCAAACUAGAGCAGCUGCAGAGUGAGGUGUCCUCGGCCGCCCAAAAGGCCGGCAUCUCAGCGGCUGCACGCCUGGCCCUUGUGCCCAAACGGGAGGAGCUGGAGAGCACCACCGUGCCAGACGUCGAAUGGUGGGACCAAGUCUUGCUCGGUGAUCAAACCUACGAAGCUCAGGCCGAAUCUGGCAAGCCCCUCAACGACAUUACACGCCUGGUUCAGCACCCGGUUACUUUUGAUCAAUACAGUGCCCAGCGCAACGUGACCCUUCCCGCCUACCUCACCAAAAAAGAGCAGAAGAAGAUUCGCAAGCAGCGCCGCCGGGCCGAGGAGGAAGAAAAGCAGACGCUCAUUGGCCUGGGGAAGAUGGAAGCCCCAGCACCCAAGGUCAAAAUUUCCAACCUCAUGCGCGUGUUGGGCACGGAAGCCGUCCAGGAUCCCACAAAGGUGGAAGCCGUGGUCCGCGCGCAAAUGCAAAUGCGUCAACGUCAGCACGAGGAACACAACGCCAAAACCAAGCUUUCUGAUGAACAGCGUCGUGCCAAGAAAGCCAAAAAACUGCAAGACUCCACCGCCGACGGCGUGGCAGCCUCACUCUUCCUUGUCUCCUCAAUGAAGAGUGAGAAGAACAAGUUCAAGGUGGAAACCAACGCCAAACAAUAUAACAUGACGGGCGCAGCAAUCAUGACACCCACAAACAACAUCGUUAUCGUGGAGGGUGGGCCCCGUAACAUGCGCAAGUACAAACGACUCAUGACUCACCGCAUCAACUGGAACGACAAGGUGGCAAACUCCGCGGCCGACGACGAGGACGGCGAGGGCGAGGAGCGCGGCCCCAAUACCUGCACCCUCAUUUGGGAGGGAACGCUGGAGCGGCGGUUCUUCAAGGAUUUCUUCAUCAAGUUUUUCCGCAGUGAGGCGCUGGCCCGCGAGUGGCUGGACAACCGCCGCUCGGCCCACUACUGGGAUCUUGCCCUCACCUCUGACUUGGCCCAGUCGGAAAAGCAAUAGGACCCACCAAAAGAUAAUUGAGAACUGGUUAUCACC